CCGGGAGCCGCAUCCCCGCCCGGCUCGGGGAGGAGGGCAGCGGCGGGGAGGUGCGGGGCCGCCUCCUGCCGCGGGUGGGGCCGGAGCUGCCCCCAGUGCCGCCGCCCGCCCUGGCCGGAGCCGAGCACCGCGGAGUUGCGGCGAUGGGCUGCGGCCGUGCUGUGUGCGUACUGCUGGCUGCUGCGCUUCUGCCUGCCCGCGCCUUCCCCCAGACCAACAUCAAGAUCAGCCAAGCCCUGCCGGAGCCUGUGCAUGCCUAUUCCUGCCCUCUUUUCUGGACGGAGUAUGAAGGGCACUGCUACCGCUACUUCCCCAUCAACAAAACCUGGGCCGAGGCCGACCUCUACUGUGCGGAGUUCUCCAUUGGCAUCAGGUCAGCGAAGCUGGCCUCCAUUCACAGCUGGGAAGAGAAUGUCUUCGUGUAUGACCUGGUGAACAGCCGCGUGCCCGGCAUCCCCACUGACAUCUGGACGGGGCUCAAUGACCUACGGCAGGAAGGUCACUUUGAGUGGACAGACGGCACCUCCUAUGACUACAACUACUGGGAUGGCAGCCAGCCCGAUGAUGGCAUCCACUCCAUCCCAGAGGAGGAGGACUGUGUACAGAUGUGGUACCGGGCCAGCAGCGCGCUGCGCUCCUGGAACGACAACGCCUGCGGCCGGACCUUCCCCUUUGUCUGCAAAAUCCCCUCGCUGGCCCUGGACUGAGCCUGACUGUGUGCCCAGCUUCGUGCUGCCUCCGCGGGGCAGCGCAGGACGGAGCAGGCGUCGUGCUCAUCACCUCGGCCCUGGAGCUCUGUCCGCUGACAAGUGAGUUGCAGAGCAAUGGAGGCCACCCGGAUUUAAGCCUGGGGUCGGGUUUAAAAUAAACUCUCA